AUGUCCCUUCAGGGCCACCAUACUAAAACCAAGACCCCCUUCAAGGUUCGUGGGACUUUCGAAACUGAAUUGACCUUCAGAGACAACACUGCUCAAGCAAUUUUCUAUGUGGUCUACGGAGAUUCUGAUAAUCUGUUGAGCUGUGACACUUCAGAAUCGCUAGGCAUCGUCAAGCUCACGUAUGCAGUAACGGCUGACGACAUAUCAUCAAGCUAUGCCGAUCUCUUCAACGGGCUGGGAAAACUCAAAGACGUGAAGUGUAAACUUCACAUUGACGACACUGUCAAACCAGUAGUCCAGCCCCAUCGCAGGAUUCCAUUCCACGUUCGCAAACAGACAGAAAAAGAACUUCAGCGUCUUCUUGAUUUGGAUAUCAUUAAACGGGUUGGUGGUGAGCCAACACCUUGGGUUUCACCGAUUCUAGUUUUCAAAAAACCCAAGAGUCAAAAUCAGAUCCGCAUCUGCGUGGAUAUGCGUGUUCCUAACAAAGCAAUUCAGAGAGAACGCCAUUUGACCCCCAUUAUUGACGAGAUCAUCGCCAAUGUAAAUGGAGCUCGACACUUCGCGAAGUUGGAUCUCAACGCUGGUUACCUCCAAAUAGAGCUUGCUGAGGAGUCACGUUAUGUAACUAUCUUUUCUACUCAUGUUGGCCUAUUCAGAUAUAAGCGACUCAACUUCGGAGUCAAUUCCGCAGCAGAGGUGUUUCAGCAGAUGAUACAAACCACCCUCAGUGGUCUUGAUGGAGUUCUGAAUAUCAGCGACGAUAUUCUAGUGUAUGGCCGUCCACCCGAGGAACUCAACGACAGGCUUGAACAAUGCCUGAAGCGACUGAAAGACAAUCACCUCACUCUCAACAAAGACAAGUGCGAAUUCCGUAAGGAAAGGAUGGAUUUUUUUGGACAUGUAUUGAGUGCAGGUGGGGUAUCACCUGACCCCAAGAAAGUACAAGCCAUACUAAAUGCAUCAGAUCCAUCUAAUGCCAGGAGGUGCGCAGUUUCUUUGGACUAA